CUAUUGAUUUACAGCUCAGAGAAUCCAAUGACAUGGGUAGUCAGCGAUCAUUCUGAUCAGACUUACUGGGGAGCUAUGUGGCAACAGUCCCCGAGUACAGAAAGCCCAGUUCAGAAGACACGGAAGGACAAUGUUAAGACAUGAAGAAAGCAUCGUUGUGAUACUGUUCAAAGUGCAGAUAGUGACCGCUCUGUCAUCAUUUCUGACUGGUCAGUCCACAAAGGUCGGGUACACAAGUGACCAGUCACAGUACUACACGUCGCCUGUUCAAAAUGUCAUUCAGUGCCAGACACUAUGUUCCUACCAACCCCUAUGUAUCACAUUCAACUACAAUGUGAGGUCAAGGUCAUGUGGUCUCACUCUAGGAGGAGACCCGCAAGUUGGUGAUGAUGUGGUUGUGACUUCAAAGCCUUCACAGCCACCUGGGGUGGUUUCCGCAAAAUGUUCCGACACUGAAGUAUUUGUCAGAAAGAAGAAGCCACCUGGCAUAUGUUUGCCGCUAUUGGACAUUGAUUGUGGCAGUCCCCCGGAUGUGGCGUCGGCUUCCCACACCCUAUCCUUAACCAACUUCCGGUCGACAACAGAGUAUGCCUGCAAGGAAGGACACGUGCAAACUGGCGGAAAUAAUAGGACCACGUGCUUGUUUAACGGGACAUGGAGUGAGGUCACGCUCACCUGCAUGGUAAUCGAUUGUGGGCUGCCGCCUACUAUGGUCGAACUAAAUGUGAUGGUGACGUCAACGUCGUACAAUUCCACCGCCACGUACGUGUGCAGAGAAGGCUAUGACAAUUCCGGAGGUUCAGGGAUCAGCACGUGCACUGAUGACUCCACUUGGUCAACUAUAGACCUAAAUUGUACAAUUGUAGACUGUGGCUUCCCUCCCAAUCACGACGGCGCCAUGGUCGACUACGUCAACACGACGUUUGGUGACGAAGCCAACUCUUUCUGUGUUGAAGGGUACUCAUCAUCGGGCACCGGAACAUCAGUGUGCCUGACUAAUGGAACUUGGUCACAAACAGACUUGGUUUGUACAGUGAUUGAAUGUGGGCUGCCGCCUACUAUGGUCGAACAUAAUGUGAUGGUGACGUCAACGUCGUACAAUUCCACCGCCACGUACGUUUGCAGAGAAGGUUAUGAUGACUACGGAGGGUCAGGGAUCAGCACGUGCACUGAUGACUCCAAAUGGUCAACUAUAGACCUAAAUUGUACAAUUGUAGACUGCGGCCUCCCUCCAUAUCAGGACGGCGCCAUGGUCGACUACGCCAAUACGACGUUCGGUGCCGAGGCAAACUCGAUCUGCGUUAAAGGGUACUCAUCAUCGGGCACCGGAACAUCAGUGUGCCUAUCUAAUGGAACUUGGUCACAAACAGACUUGGUUUGUACAGCAUCGUCUCACAGUACAUGGCAACAUGUGGCCACGACAACAGCAUCAGCUACGCCGAGUGGACAAAGAGAUGAUUUAAACACUCGAAUUAACGCAGCCUGUAAACCCAAACUCCGCGUCAAAGCUGAUUUUGACCUUUGGAACAGGGUCACGGACCUCCAUUCAUGUGGCGUCAAAAGCGGUCCGAAUAUUUGGGGCCAGUCGGUAAGACGGUUGAGUAAAUCGUCCUGGGAUGCCUUUGAACCAUCCCCACAACGUGAGUUCGAUCUGUUUGUGUCGGACGCGCAAAACAACUUGAUGUCAGUGGAUGACGACGGAAUAGCCACGAAAAGCGGGUAUGACGGAGAUGUCAUUUGGUUUGUGAAAGACGAUAAGUGCGUAUCCACAUCCCGUGCCAAUGACAUUGGAUCUGUUCUGACCAGUCUGUUCGAAGGGGAAAUCGAUCCCAAUUUUGAUACCUACGAUAUAGAUGAUAGCAACAGCACUGUAUAUGGGCAGAUAACUGGUCAUUUGUCACAAAGGCCGUUGCCUGAAUUCAGUUUACCUUUUUACUGGUAUGUUAAGAAACAAGGUACGUCAGGGAAAACAGAUGUCAUAAGAUGGGAUAUUUCAGGGGGAUUUCGCAAAACGACAAAAGGCUCCGAAACCAUGCCCUGGUGUCCCGACACGUGUUGGCAUCAUGCCUUUGACACAAGGGCCUCGUCCUCAAACAAGGACAAACAUAUCCGUCAUCUAACAAACGGGGUACAACAUGGACACAAUGUCAUGGUUAAGGUUGGAAACGUGGUAGCAAAGGCACGGGAAGUAAUUCUACUCGACGGCCACGUGACUGUAAGUAUCAAAGAAUUCUGGGUACCAUCUGAUAAAGAUGCCUUCUCAUCCGGGUCUCGUCAAGCGUGGAUCAUGGCUUCAACGACAGGUCGCGAUGUUCAGUGCAUCCACGUUCCUGAGUCCGCUGUCGUCGAGGAUGUAACAGAGAGCGAGAAACCCUCCAUCUGGUUCCUAGACUCACGACAGUGGGAUAAAGUUUUCACCAUAGACGGGACCGGGGCUGUGCUGUCUGGGUCAAUGUCAGAUUUGUUAAACAAGGUCAAUGAAGGGAGAUCACUUCGAGUUGGUGUGCUUCACACAAAUGGCAUGUACAAGGCUUUGGAGGUGGACGAUGUGGAUGUUUCAAGCACAGGUCGAAUAGCAGUGGAUAUCAUCCACAACGCAGAUCUAGUGUUAGGACGAGGGAAUGACUUCCAUUUUACGGACACAUGUGGCGUGGUAUCAUCCAUCAUAACGAUAGAGGGCAGCUACAAGACGUAUAGAUCUAACAUCGGGUCCGCCGGAAACCACAGCACAGUCAACGACGUGGCAAAAAUUGACUGGUUCGUUGAGAUGUAACAUACAUUUGCUUUGAUAUAUACACAAAAGUACAGGAUAAGGGAUACGCUUCUGGCAAUAUUCUAUCCACACAGAAAGUUUGCUAUGACGUUUUUGUUUUUAUUUCCAUGCUUUACGGAUCCGCCGACCCUAACUUGUUGAAUAAAUCAUGAGGACAGACAA